UAGAACAGAUUUUCUGCUGGCCGAAAAUAAAAUAACUCAAGUAGAUAGUAAUGGAUCGCUACAAUCGUGCCUGGAGAGAUCCCCGAUCUCCACUUACGCCCAUAACCCCUCUCACAACGCGUGUCUUCAAUUUUGAUAAUGUGCUGUCGCCUGCCACGCCAACACCACGGACUAAUACCUUUCAGGGUCUGAAGCGUAAUCUAUUAACGGUGCCAAAAUUAUCACAGACAACCACACAUCAUUCAAGGAGUACAAAAAAUUAUUCAGAGGAUUUUAGGCGUCUACGAUCGGUUUUUUCGCCAUGCGCUCAGAGCACGGUGUCUCAAAAUGUUUGCACCACGCCAAAAUUAUGUUGCCAAACCACACAAAAGGAGAAUGAAACUCUUGCACAGCCUCGCAUAAAACGGGAAUUUAAGCGUGCUUCUCCCGUUAAUCAUCCUUCGCUUAGUCCUCGAGUCAGUUCGCUGCUUAGCCGCACUGGAAAUGAGCAUUUGACCGAAUUGUUUACACGUCAAGAAAUUGACUUGCAGGUGCUUAUUCAGAUGACAUUUGAUGAGUUAGAAUCUCUUGGUGUUCGCGGUGUCAAAGAAUUAAAAUUGGCCAUUGAUUUGAUGAAAUUUGCCAAAAAGUUCUUUUAGUUGUGUUUUAAGAUUGUAAUUUAUUUUUAUUUUUGUAACUCCUGUUUUGUAUGUUUAGCUAAUAAGUCAUAAAUCAUCAAUGUGGGGAACCAAUUUUUAUCAUAU